AUGGUUGACGUCUCGUCGGCCGCCAUUCUCGGCUACUUGGCCCCCGUCUGUCUCGCUUUCUUCGUUUUUGUUGCUUGGAUCUGCGUGGAAGUCAGACGCCGCGAGCGUACCCGAAACCUGCACAGCAACGAUGCUGAGACUGCUCCCUUGGGCUCUAGCCGCGCGGUCAUCUCCAGCCGUGACGUGGAGCAACGCUUUCCGCAGAUGAAGUAUAGUGACUGGCUCAGUGCCAGGACCAAAUGCAUGCCCGCGAAGGAGACCGCCGAGGCGAGGGUUGCUUCCGUCGCAGCUGACACUACCUCUGUCAUUGCUAUUGAAAUCGCCCCGGUCAACGACGCCCCACGCUCCGAGGACAUGCCUACCGAUGCACCUCGUCCGGUCUCUGGUGGUGUUGAGACAACCCCUACUGGUUUUGACAUCAUGCAGGCUGCCCCGGGUACAGGGGAGAGCUUCGACAUGGCAGACUCCAGCAGAGAGUGCGUUAUCUGCAUGGAUGAGUUUCACGGACCAGACUACAUUCGUCCUUUGACGUGCGGUCAUAUAUUCCACGUGUCUUGUCUUGAUCCUUGGCUAACCCGCCGCCAUGCGUGCUGCCCCCUGUGCAAGACUGAUUAUUGCAACGCUCGGGCUCCUCGCACCGGGUGGCUUCGUGGUGGAUCAGGUCCAACGGUUCCGCAGGCGGUUCUGAUCCGUACUGACAUCGUUCCGCGUUUCUGAGACACCUCUUCAAGAUCGCGCAGCCAACUAUUUGUGAGUGAAGACCGUGAUUUCCCGCUAGAUGUUGUGAGCCGCAAGAAGGUAGCUGACCAUGGACACUUCAGAGGGAGUGGCAGUUUGCUUUCGCAUAGCACAUAGACCCGAUUCGUGAGGCGUCGUUGCGUGGUGUUCUGGAUCCGGGACGGAUAAAUUCUUGAUUUCAAAUUUGAUAUCCUCAUGCGUCUCAC